ACCGUCGUCGUCGUCGUCGUCGUCGCAAGCCGAUUGACCAGCAAACUCAACCACCACCAUCACCACUACCGAACACCCGCAUCACCACCACAAAAAAAGAUGCCUGCGAGGUUGGGUCUCAGUGCCGCCUUCCGGUCCCUGUCCAUCCGGACAAACCAAUUGCCUCAGCAGCAAUCGAUUGCCGCCGCCGUGCAGGCGCGCACCCUCAUCACAGAUUCCACCACCUCGUCGAGGCUACCACCUAGAGUCCAAGUCCAGCAACAACAACAAAGGACACAACCAUUCUCGACCGAGACUACCCCUCCUACCAACAGCAACAAUGGCGACCUUGCCGGUAUUGAAGGCCAACCACCAGUAGAAGUCACCCCGGAGAACGCUGCCGCCCUGUCCCAGCUGUCGGAGAUCGCAUACGGUGUCAAGGCGGCCGACGUCGCGAUUGAGGGCCACAAGUACGGUUUGCCUACGCUGCCGCUGCCGUCGGAGCUGCACCACAAGUACCGCUACUCGGAGGUCGUCAACCACGCUACAAAGCUACUCAUGAAGGAUGGAAAGUUGAGCAAGGCGCAGAGGGACAUGGCCAUGAUCCUAAACUACCUCCGCUCCUCGCCCCCUCCCAAACUCAACCCCUCGCGCCCUCUGAUCCCCGGCCACCCCCCGGCCUCGCACCUGCCGCUCAACCCGGUCGAGUACCUCACGGUUGCCAUCGACUCGGUGGCGCCUUUGAUCAAGAUGCGCGGCUACAAGGGUCUGGCCGGUGGUGGUCGCUCUCUCGAAGUGCCGCAGCCCAUUCCGGCGCGCCAGCGCCGCUCCACGGCCUUCAAGUGGAUCUUGGAUGUGGUCAACAAGAAGCCGAGCAAGGGAUCCGGUCGCACCAUGUUUGCGCACCGCGUGGCUGAGGAGAUUGUGGCUGUUGUCGAGGGCAGGAGCUCGGUCUGGGAUAAGCGGAUGUUGAUUCACAAGCUGGGCACGGCCAACAGAGCCAACUUGAACUCGCCGGCGCUGCAGUUGAAGGGCAAGAGGUUCUGAGGUUGAUUCUUUGAUUGAUUGACACCCUGUUAAGCCAACAACAUAGCGAAGCCAACCAAUCUCUGACCGACCCCCUUUUUUCGGUGUAUACUAGUUUGUUGUGUGUAUGGAUAUGUAUGCUACUACUUUGCUGCUGCUGCUGCUGCUGCUGCUGUCGCCUCUGUGAU